AUGAGCGGAAGGCCAUCUCUUGGUCACUCUUCGCAGUCUGGACCCCUUCCAUCUGUCCCUCAAAAUGAUAAGGAUCCUCUCACACCAGAGCUUGAGAGUAGAGAGGCCUCGCCUUUGACCCCACUCGAGUCGACAUCGACUGCCUUCGGUGCAUACUCUCCCUGGAGCACAUCUCAAGUCAUCAGGGAACAGCCAAUGAACCCCAAAGUGGCCAUUCCCCGACUUGACCUUCCACCUGCAAGCAAUAACAGCAAUAACGGUCGAGUUAGUCGAGCAUGCCACAAUUGUCGGAAACAGAAGAACAAGUGUUCUGGUCAUCGUCCUUCUUGCCUCCGGUGUCAGGAGGCCAACGUUCUUUGCGUCUACGUCGACGGGAAACGAGAGAGAAAUGCGAGACAACUUACAGUUAUAACGAGACAACUCCAACACUACGAAUCUCUUGUGCGCGAGAUUUAUCCCAAAUUCGACGCCGAACUGACCAAAGUCGCCGAUCAAGCUCUCCAAAAAAUAUCUAGCCUUUCCCUGUCAUCGCCGACCGUUGCCAAAGUACCAGAUGAGACAGACUCGGCAAACCAAGCGCCUUCCUACGUGGAUCACACCGUGGAGGACUUUAAUGGAGAUAUUACAAUGCAAGCUAUUGGUUUUGUAGGAGAACAUUCGGCAACGGCAUGGCUAUACAGGCUUAAGUGCUUGAUCGUCGGCCAGACCAGCUCUGAUCUGGACGUCCAGUUCGAGGAAUCAGCCCGUCCAUCAAUUUCUUCCUGUGCAUUCUAUAUGGAUGAUACCGGAAUCCCGCCAAUAAACGACCUAGAUAUCUUCGCAUAUCCCUCACAAGCGGUCGCCGAUGAACUUGUGGACAGAUACUUUCAAGUUGCGCACGCCUCCUUCCCCAUCGUCGGCAAAGAAAUUUUUCUCAGCCAGUGUCGGUCAUUCUAUUCGAACUCAACAACACACCCUGGAAACAAAUGGAUGGCGCUAUUAAGUAUGGUAUUUGCGAUCGCUGCAAGACACUCUGGGCUUUCUGGAGAUCAUUCUCAGCUAGAUCACAACAUCCACAUGGUGUAUUUUUCCCGUGCCUGGCGAUUACACACCAUUGAGAGUGUGCUGUUGGAGAAUCCCAACCUGCAGCAGACACAGGUAGAGGGGCUCAUGUCACUGUACUUGCUCUCCGUAGGACAGGCCAAUAGGGCUUGGAGAAAAUGCGGUAUCGCAAUCCAGUCGGCGGUCGCGAUGGGAAUCCACCUUCGUAGCGAAAGUACCAGCAUCACGCACGUGUCCAAGGAAACAAGAUAUCGGUUAUGGUGGGCGCUGUACCUAUUGGACAUUUCGCUCUGUGUGGUGACUGGACGCAUGCCCAGGGUGCAACAAGAACACUGCACCACCCCUUUGCCAGUGCCUUACAAGGAGGAAGACUUCCGGGACGAGCAUGUUAUGAGGCUUAUUUUGGACAUUCAAUCCAGAGGCCGCCUCGUGGAUUCUCUACUCUCCUUCAAUCCCCUGACUGAACCGAACGACCCUUUAGCCCCUUCAUCUUCUUCACAGUCCAUGUCUCAAUCGGCCUCAACCAGCCAGCAGCUCCAGGCUAACGUCGCAUUGUACUUACUUUACUCCAUUGAUUUGGCAGCUGUGAUGAGAGAAGCAAUCGAGAUGUUAUAUUCCCCCGAAGCGGGACGAAAAUCACCGAAUGACACCGAAUUGGCCAUGAGAUCGCUCAACAGCGCCGCUGAGAACUGGUUCGCUCGCCUACCUGCGACGUAUCGUUUUGCAGAAAUCAGGGAUGACCGAGCCUUUGUCCGUCAACGCACGAGUUUGGCUUUUCAAUUUUAUUCAACCAAACUUGUCAUUUCGCAACCUGCUCUUCGUUCGCGUUUAUCCGGUGAAGUCUGUUCCAUUCAUCUUGACACUCCGAUGGCUUUAGUUUGCCUCAAAGCAGCAGGUCAAAUGCUUGACCUUUAA